CGAUUAUUAAAAUGACUGAGUAUUAUGUAUUAAAGAAGAGUCUCUAAACUUUUGAAAAUUACGGUAAGACUUAAGAAAUUAGACAUUAACUUCUACAAGGAGACACUCAAGUAUUAAAGAAUAUCAUCACACUUCUUAUAGCUAUUCUUAAAGAUCCAAAAACUGAUCCAAUAAUGAUGCUUUAGGCUGUUAGAGUAUACAAUCAAUCUAUAUAGGAUAGUUUAGUAAGGACUGUAUGGAAACAUUUAAUGAUGAUUUUAUUAGUCAAUUUUAAUUGGAAGUAUUACCAUAUUUUGAAUCAAUGGCAAUGUUUGAAUAUAAAAGUGAAGCACCUGAUAGAGGAUAAUUUUACUUUAGCAAAGAGCCUGAUCCAUACACAGCUAAAUUAGGUAAUACCUUAUUGCAUUUGGUUUUGGAAUGUGUAUGGGUUUGGGCUAAAUGGUUUCCUAUGGAUCCAGAUUGUUUGAAAGUUUCAUGCUACAGAAUUACAUUAGAAAAGCUAUGUAUUUUAGGAGUAAGAUUUAAUAAGAUUCUAUAUUUUAAUAAACUUCUAAUUAAAAGACACUUGCCAGAAUGUAUGGUACCAAUGAAAAUUAUACAAGAAUUACGUAGAGCAGUUAAAUUAGAUCUAUAAUAGUAUUUUUAAUAUUUUAUUUAGAACAUUUGGCAAUGGUAGUUCUAGUAUCAUUAUUCAAUAAAGAUUAAGUCAACUCUUACCUUAAGAAAUGGCUAGAGAUGAAAGCCAAGAAGUCUUUUAUUCCGAUAUGAUCAGAAGAUUGUAUAGAUAACAUCUAAAAAAUGAAAGAAAACAAGCACCAAAGAAAUCUGGAUAAGAUGAAUCAUUUAUUUAUGUACCAGAAGAAAAAGAAAAUAAUAUUCAAAAUUAAUAAAUGCUUCAACUCAAUGCUAUCAUCCAAAAAACUCAAUAAGAUUUUAUGACAACAAUAAUUGAAAAAUAGGAACUCCAAAAAUUAUUAAGAGAAUAAUAAGAAAAGUUAAAGAUUAUGUAAUAAAGGAUAGAAAUCUAAGAUGAACGUUUGAAAUAUUUUGAAGGUGAAAAACCAUACAGAUCAUAAUUUUUUUAGUCUCGCUUUGUGCAAUCUAAUAACCAAUCAGUUUAGCAAUCAUUUACUUAAUAACAUUAGUAUUCUUGA